UUUCCUUUCAUGCUGUCUUCCCAGAACUGCUCCCCACCUUGCUGUCCCACCUUGCUAUCCUCCUGGACACUCUCAACCUUACUUUCUUUUUUUUUUAAUAUAUUUUAUUUGAUCAUUUCCAAGCAUUAUUCGUUAAAGACAUAGAUCAUUUUCUUUUCCUCCCCCCCACCCCCCAUAGCCGACACAUAAGUCCACUGGGCAUUAGAUUCAACCUUACUUUCUAAAUGAAUACAUUUCUCUUUUUGUUUUUAAGCUAAGUUUUGGAGUCUUGCAUUCUUGCAAAAGGAAUCCUUCCCAAACCCCAGGGGUGCACAUCUGCACCCCCAUAACAUCUUGGCGCCCAACAUUUUUGGCUCUCCUGAAAGCUACUCCUGUACCCUGGAUCACCCAUGAGGACUCAGCUUCUCAGGUAGGAAGGAGCUUUUCUUUGACUCCUGAAACCCCCAUCUUUUGGGUAAUAUCUUUGUGGGACCUCUUUCAUGCUCUCUCUCCCAUCGGCCCCAGAUCAGUCUGGCCACUGGAGUUUGGGGUCUGUCUAUCAGCUUCCCCUUCUGAUACUGGAAGAAGUUCUGGUGUGUGGGGAGUCUUGCCAUAACUAUUUCUUUUCUUAAAGUUUGGGUCUUCUCCUAUGUUUUAAAUCAUGCAUACCCAGCCAGCUGGACAUAUAAUUCUCUGAUUCAGCUUGGGGAAGCAGUAGCCAAAGUAGGUCCCUCUAGCUGUUGCAUUUGUAUGAAGCACCCCCAAAGUGGAGAGAACCCCAACCCCAGGCCUCUAGCCCAAGGUCUCAAUGCCUCUGAGGUAUAUCCAAGACCUGAGGCUUUAAGGAGAUUAGCAACCACUCCAGUUUUAGCUACUCCCCUGUGGGAUAUGUGGACCUUGCAUUUUAACCUUGUCAUCUCUCUAGUUGCUUCUAGGGUAAAAACACUCAUGGGAGUCACCCAGAUGCCAGAUGCCACGGCAACUUCGUCAAUCAUCCCAGCCUGAUGCUCUGGACAUUGCCUAUAGUCAAUACUUCUCUCUUAAUGAUAGGCAGGGACAACUUUACGCCCAUUCUCAGCUCUGAAGAAGUUACAGAAUACUGAGACCAUCGCCCCUUUCCCCUUACAUAUUAGGAGAGGGGGGAGAUGAUGUGGGCACCCCCAGAAACCCAGGCAAACUGUUAUGGACAGAGAGAUGCACCUCUAGGCUUCACCUCCAUCCUAUCAGGCCACAUCUCAAGAUAUCUGCUUGUUAAGGAAUCCUUAUGCCUCCAGGCAGAUGACCACUGCACCCCACCAAAUGCCCGAGUGACUAGCACUCUCUGUUGUAAAAAGUAUAAAAUCCCCAGAACUGAACAGCCUCUCCAUCCAUGCUGUCCUCCCAGGACCGGCUCCCCAUCUUGCUGUCCCACCUUGCUAUCCUCCUGGCCAGUCUCAACGGUACCUCCUAAAUGAAUAAAUUUCUCUUUGUUUUUAAGCUAAGUUUUGGAGUCUUGCAUUCUUGCCAAAGGAAUCCUUCCCGAACCCCAGGGGUGCACCUCUGCACCCCACCACAGAAUCUGCUUGGCUUCGGGGCAGACUUCUGGUUGGCCCAUUUUGAAGAACAAACCAAAAGCGCUCUCACUUUCCCCUUUGAUGGGGGGGGGGGAGCUUCCCAAGAAAAGGAAAUGGCGCUUAAUGGCAAGCAUCAAUGAUGCACUUAAAGCUCUGCUUCGGAGUUAGUGUAGACCCGGCCGGCUAGGAUUGACAGAGUGUUAAUCUGGCCAGCUCUGCUGAGGAGGAGCCCACAGGAGCAAAGAGCCAUCUCACUAAGGGCGCCCCGGAGCAGUCACAGAAGGACGGACUUCUCUGCUCUCUGCUCCACCCGCGUCAGAUGGGGCCCGGAAAUUCCCUGCCGCCCACCGUAAGUAAGGGAGGACUCUGAUCCUGGGCUCCCAUCCCCAACGCUGCUGCUGCUGCUUGGGUCCGCACCGGAGAGAAUUAUUUAGACUGGUGACCCCAGGUUCCUUCCAGCCCCCAUUCAGGAUCCCUCCGCCAGUGCAGGCUAAUGUGCAAACCACCAAGCUCUCCGACACUGUCGAGCACCUCCAAAAAGCCUUUUCUGGCUCGAUUUGUUCUCCGAGAGGUGAGGAGGGGCCGGGACAGAAUCUGGACUUCCCGAGGCCACUGAAAGCAGGACUUGAGGCUGAGGGCUUGGCGGGAGCCGGAGGGAUGGGGGUUGGCAAGAGAACGGAAAGACACAGAGGCAGGCAGUCACCUUCCGCCCAAGCUGGAACUUUCUUUCUCGCACUCGGGGCUUCCCCUCCCUACGCCUGUGUUUCAAAAAGACUUUCACGGGAAAGCGGCAGAAUCCUUUGAAAGCCUCAUCUGGGCAGCUUCCCAGCCAAUCCUCGGGCUCCUCCGGGAGGGCUUAGAAGAGAGAUGGAGCCUGAUCCCGGGGAGUCCCAACCUCAAGUGGGGAAACCUUUUGAAGAGUCCUCUGAUCCCCAAGUGCUAAGAACUGCCCAAGGGGAAAACGCAGCACAACAAAUCCGGGGCGCUCUCCCUCUUCUUCUCAGGGCCAUAGGGAGGAAAAGCAAGGCUGAGGGGAGGGCAAGAACGUGCCUGACGUUAAACAGGCCACACUUGGUCAGAAGCAGGAUUCGAACACAGUCUGGAUUUUACAGGUUUGUUUGCAGGCUGGUUUCUCAAGACCCUCGGAAUUCAGCGCAGAUUCCCUUGAGGCUCCUGGGGUGCACAGUGAAUAGUGCUGGACUUGGACGCGGCCUGAGAUACCGGCGAGCUGACCAGGGGCCACUUGCCUGGCCUGUAUUUGAAUCCGGUUUCUCAUGGGCGAAAUGGGGAUAACUACAUCUGCCCCACCCGGUGGUUGUGAGGAUCACAGGAGAGAGGAUGCAAAUCACUUUGCGACCUAAAAGAGUAACCAUAGCAACACUACGGGGCCACCUGCUAGUCGCUAUUACCCAAGCGGCACCCCCUCAACGUUGUCCUCCAUGUUUUUGUGCCCGCGCUUCUCUGCCUCGUCUUGCCUCAGCUGAAUGCUAACGGCCCGGUUUCCCUCGGGAGCCCCGCGCCUCCAAGUUAUCCAGGGCACCCAUCGGGCCUCCGUGGCGUUGGUCUGGUCCCAGAGCAGCGAUGCUGCCGAUGCAGAUUAGAGCUCCAAGCGCGGCCCGAAUGGAAGCUGGGCUCUGCAGCCGUUCCCAGCAUCCUCCGCCCCUCCGAAUGAAUGCCAGCUUCCCCAGGCCAAGCUCGGCCGAACUCCGAAGGCGGGACCCUUUGGAGAUCUCCCUAGUUCUCAAUGCUCUCUCCUCCUCCUCCAGGGAUCGGAUGGGGGCGCAGAGCCGGGCUCCUCGGCUCCAGGCCCGCUCCGAGGUCUUCUAACCCAAACAUCAAGGUUUAGAGACAAGGAAAGGGAGGCCCGCAGCCUGGUCUGCUCCAUAUCUCUGCAGUCCCUGUGCAGGUCGGCUCGUUCUUCGCCCCACCAGAAUGGAGGCUCCUUGAAGGCAGAAACGUUUCGAUUUUUCUGUACCCCUCCCCCCGCCCAGCACCCUCCACACUCCGGGGACUUCGGGUCCCAGAGCUAACCGUCCUCCUGCAGGCCCUGCCCGCCCUUGGGACUGAGAAUGAGGCCAGCAAGGGGGGCGGGUGUGUGUGUGGGGGGGCGAGCAGCUGCCAUCUGAGCUGGCUGCAGAAACCUGACUGGUGGAAUGUCGCCCGGGACGGGGGCAUUUAGCGGCACUCUGGCUCCUGGCCCCGAGAACUUUCGGCCCAAGUCUGGGGGCUGGAGGGGGAGGAGCCAGGGACUCUCUGCAGCAAGUCCUCAGAGACCCGCCCGGCCGUGCCCAGCUGCUGGCUGUUCACAGGAAUUGAUGACCUGGUCAAUUGCCUUCUUGUCAGUUGCAGGAGCCGCAGCCCGGCCCGAGGAGGCUGCGCCGCCGCGGUUUGGAGUCUUCGCGGAAAGUGCAGCUCCUUCUCGUCUCUCUUCCAAGGGGGCUGCUGGCUGUCCUGGAAAGGCCGAGCGCGAGCCGCCCGCUGCUGCCUUUCUCUUCUGCCCUGACCGCAGCCCCCUCCCUCCCGAGCCCCGCGCUGCUGCACACAGUGUGGCUGGGAAGAAGCCCAGAAGCCCGGCUGGGGCUUCUCCUUUCCCCCCCUUCUUUCUCCCGAGCUGCAGAAGUGUCCGUGCUGGAGCCCUGAAUCAAAGGCGGUCAUGUGACGGAGGGGAGGUGCUGGGCUGGCCCCCAGCCAGUGGCAGGAGCCGAGGGGUGGAACCGAGCGGGCACGAGCAGCCCAAUAUGCCGAGGGGAGCUCGGGCCGGCCACUGUGGUGCCCUGCUCUGGAGCCCCGGGGCCCUCGGCUGCAGCAGCCCCGAGCGGCGCCGCCGCCCCCGGCCGGGCUGAGCCCGGAGCUGCCCUCGGCCCCGGCAGCCGCGGCCCUCCGGGGGCUGGGAAGCUGAGGAAGGACCAUGGCCUGCGCUCUCAAGAGGAAGGCGGCGAUUGCGGCCAGCGGCCUGGCAGCGGUCCUCUUCGUGCUCAUCGUGCGCCUUCUCGGCCAGGUGGAUCUCCCCCUGGUGCUCAGCUGUGUGGGGCGGCCCAGUGCCAAGUGGCUCCCCUUCUCCGGCCCCCCCAGGCGGCCCGUCAGGACUCACCACGGCUACACUCACGUGAAAACCCAGCAGCCUUUGCAGCUCGACUGUGAUCUCUGUGCCGUCGUGUCCAGCUCGGGUCAGAUGGUUGGCCAGAAGGUGGGCUCUGAGAUCGACAAAUCCUCCUGCAUUUGGAGGAUGAACAACGCCCCCACCAAGGGCUACGAGGAGGACGUGGGUGGGAGGACCAUGAUCCGAGUCGUGUCCCACACCAGUGUCCCCCUCCUGCUCAAGAACCCCGACUACUUCUUCAGAGAGACCAACUCCACCGUCUACGUGGUCUGGGGGCCCUUCCGGAACAUGAGGAAGGACGGCAGCGGCGUCGUGUACAACAUGCUGAGGCGCGCGGCCGACGUCUACCCCGGGGCCCAGAUCUACGUGACCACCGAGAAGCGCAUGAGCUACUGCGACGGCGUGUUCAAGAAGGAGACCGGCAGAGACCGGGUCCAGUCAGGGACUUACCUGAGCACCGGGUGGUUUACCCUCAUCCUGGCGAUGGACGCCUGUUACGGCAUCCAUGUCUACGGCAUGAUUAACGACACGUACUGCAGGUCGGAAGGUUUCCGAAAAGUUCCCUACCACUACUAUGAGCCGGGAAGAGAUGAAUGCGAUGAAUACGUUCUCCAUGAAAAUGCUCCCUACGGAGGUCACAGGUUUAUCACGGAAAAGAAAGUGUUUGCUAAGUGGGCCAAGAAACACAAGAUCCUGUUUACACACCCCAACUGGACGGUGUCUUGACGCGGGUUUGCCGCCCGCCCCGUAUAAAGCAGCAUUGCAGAACGGCCCUGCCUCCACGCUCAUGAUGAUCGCGAUGAUUGCGCAGUUGAUUUCCUCUUGUAUUUCAGUGGGUCCUUCUUCGUCAUGGAUGGCUUUGGGGAUUCCGUGGGGGGUGGCAGAGGGGAUGGGGGCCAUGUUUUCUGUUUUCCUCUUUGGGUUCCACAUUCCACGUUGCCCUUUUAGACUUUAACUGGUGUCCACUCCAAGGUCCGUGGGACGUGUAGGACAACAGUGACCUAAGAGAUGGGAGGGACGGCUUCAGUCAGGAGAGCCACCCUUGGGGCCACAGCUGGCCAUUAGAGAGAGGCCCACCAUGAGGCCAAGGCCACUCCUCCCAGGUGAAGGCGAGUUGUCCGUAAAGACCGGGCCAAGCCAAGGCACCCAGCUCUGAGAGUCUGACCAUGCUAGCUGGUUAGUCCAUGGGCAGCACUGCACGGCCUCUCUGGGGUAAAAUAGGGCCCAUUCCCUAAUAAUUGGCAAGCUGGCCAUGGCAGGGAAGGGGAAGGGCCCCAAGGAAGCGAGGAGGCCCGGAAAGCUGCGCCAUCUCCAGACGUUCCACAAAACUGUUGAGUCGUGGAUCGCAGCUGCUCCAUGUGUGCUAGCCAAGCCACAGAACUCAACCGACUUCUUCAGAAAGACCCACAGUGCGUCUUUGGGCCCUGCCUCAGCGAGAAGCAAACAUCCAGAGGGGGUGUUUUAACACCAGGAAUGUUGACUGCAACGUUCUAGUAACAAACAUGGUGAGAACUCGAGAGACACGCUUUCACAUCGCCCCAGUGGCUGCCGAGCCGAGCCCUGCUUAAACAUGCCACGAGAAAACGCCAUUUUCUAUGCUUUCUACAUCACGGAACAGAGAACACAAACCUAUUUUUACAUAGAUUUGGAGGCUCUCAUAUGCCAGGAUGUAUGUGCAUGUUCCAAUUGAUAUUUGAUACACCCAAGAUUUCUCCUCUCUCUAUCUUUCUCCUUUCUUUUCUUCCUUCCUUCCUUCCUUCCUUCCUUUCUCUCUUUUUUCUUUUCUUUCUUUCUCUUCCUUCCUUCCUUUCUUCCUUCCUUUCUUUUUUCUCUUUCUCUUCCUUUCUCUCUGCCUCUCUCUUUCUCUUCCUUCCUUCCUUUCUUUCUUCCUUUCUUUUUUCUCUUUCUCUUCCUUUCUCUCUGCCUCUCUCUCUCUUUCUUUCUCUUCCUUCCUUCCUUUCUUUCUUCCUUUCUUUUUUCUCUUUCUCUUCCUUUCUCUCUGCCUCUCUCUCUCUUUCUCUUCCUUCCUUUCUUCCUUUCUCUCUCUCUCUUUUUUCUUUUCUUUUCUUUCUCUUCCUUCCUUCCUUCCUUCCUUUCUUCCUUUCUUUUUUCUUUCUCUCUCUCUUUCUUCCUUUCUUUCUCUCUCUCUCUCUCUCUCUCUCUCUCUCUCUCUCUCUCUCUCUCUCUCUCUCACACACACACACACACACACACGUAUGCGUGUGAGCAUUUUUAUUAAGUGCAAGCACCAACCUUGGAAAGAACAUGCUUUCUUGAAGCACGUCUCACUAGCAAUUUUGCCACCUUGGGGUGGAUCCGGCCCUCCCCACCUCCCCCUCCUCCAUCUGUCCAGGCAUUACUCUGUGUACUGUCAUUCUGCCAUGGAGGAGCCUCUUGACCAGAUGGUAUCUCUUCCUGCUUGGUAUUCUUUGUAACAUGCUUCAUCUUGUUUUCUUAAUCAGAGCAGAAAUGGAUGCCUAUCACUGCUCCAGAGGGUGCUUUCACUAAAAUCUGAAACUGGAAGGCAUCUUAGACGUUAUCUAGCCCGACCCCCUCAUUUUACAGAUAAGGAAAUUGAGGCCCAAAGAAGAUGCCAAGUAACACAUCCAGGGUCACACAGAUUUUAAUGGCAGGGUAGCAUUUGAACCCAGGUCUUCAGACUAUAUCCAACACUUCCUUGUGAAACUGUGCUGUCUCAGAGAUGGAAAUAUUUUAAGGUUACUUAUUUCAGGGGUGGCUGAAAGAAAGAAGGGUGCAGAAGACAAUAAAGGCUGGGGGCUAAGUGGGUUUGGGAUUCCCCUGCUCUCUCUCUGUCUCCACAAAUACAGAAGGAUAGAGAGUGCCCUAAGCCUAUGGCAUUCCUCCAUAGACUGAGGCCUAUUGGUAAUCAAGUUUACAUCAUUAAUGCUGCCAAGCCCCAACAAGUGCCUGUGGCACAGGGAGGCUGGAAGAGUCGGAGCACCCUAAGAAGCCAGGGGAGACGUCCAUGUUGAGAGCUGUAGGAACCUGGCCAGUGGCUUCAUUCAGAGCCUCAUUUUCAACAUUGGAGAAGUGGGGCCUGGGGGGGGGGCAUGAAAAGCAGAAGAGGAGGAGGCCCGCUGGAGUCUGGCUUUUCUGAUGUCAAGCUGCCCCCCUCCUCCAUCUUAAGGAGCCCUACAUGAGUAUCUGGUGCUUUGGGAUCUGCGUCCCCUCUUAAUGGAGCUCUGGCCUCCCCAUGCUCUGCAGCUCGGCUCUAGAUCUUCUACCUCCCCCCUCCCAGGUGCUAAUCAAAUGAGCCACAAGAGAGGCCAGUGGAGAGACUAGCCAGGACACCAGACAGGAACAUGUGGCCUGGCCGGAGACACUUUCUGCAGCUGUGGCCUUGCCAGCACCUCCUUCUGUGGGAAGCUGAGCCCUCCUCAGGGCAGGCACGAAUAGCCAGAUUCCAUGGUGGAGUCCCGGUCCUUGUGGCUCAUUCAAACAGACCAUGAGGCUUCUCUCCACCUCUGGAGCCCGCCAGAGCCAGCCGCAGGGACCAGCCUCGGAACCUCCUCCCCCUUCUCUACCCUUUCAGGGGCCUCACUUUCAGAGCUGCUGCCUCAAUAAUGCUAAUUCUGAGCACUUCCGGCCCUCAUCUCCCCUUCAAGUGAUUUUCACUGUUACUAAGGAAAGAAGGUGUGUCGGUGCCAGCAGGAUGCCUGUGGCGGCCUCUGGGCACGCAAGCCCAGGCCGGGCCAUCCCGACGCUCUUGGGGAGUCCCUUCCUCCAGGCAGAAAACCGUGUUUGCCAAGAAGUGAGGCGGCACCACCCCCAUCAUUGAAGCCUGCAGGCGGACACGGGUGGGGAUGAUGGAGACCAACUGGCCCUCCUGGGCUGCCCACGUCCACAGGAGGCGCAGCAGGGAAGGGAAGACGGAGGCGGCCCUCGUGCUUGCCCGGCGAUGCGUUCAGAAGACUUCCAAGCACAGGCGGCGGAUGACUUCAGCACGGUGCGCUUCUACCCUGGUCUCUACACGGGCAGCACUUUUUCAGGCCGUAAGAAUGCGUGGGCAUCCGUGUGUACGCCGCAAACAUACGUGCCCUCACAUGUGUGCACGGCCGGGUUUACUGUCCCAGGCUCCAUGCUUGUGUGUGCACGUAUUGAAUAUAGUCAUGUGUCGCCAUCUGCCUCUCUGGCUUUUCCCCUGGAAGGUGGGAAACCCUAUUCUAGAUUGGGAGCGCCGCACUCUAAAAGCCUCGCUGCAAGCCUGAAGGCAAGCGGAAAGGGGGCGACCCGCCCCGGGGCUCUGAGGAUCUGUGCCGCCCUCUGCUAGGAGUCCCGAGAAGAAAGCCCAGUAGUGGCUGUCCUGGGCCACCCGGCCCUCCCCAGCCCCCAAGGGGGUCACGCCCUGGGCGGAGCCUCUGUGGACCGCUCCCUGCCCAGAGGCAUCAUGGUUCCUUCCCAUUGGCCUGGAGGCUCUUCCUGAGUAGAGAGGAGGCUGGGAGAGUGCUAAGCGGGAAGUGAGGGAAGGAGCCUCACUCCUCCGGCCUCGGCAGCGAUGACGAUGUCCACAGGAGGCCCGACUUCCCUUCCUGGAGACCAAGGCUUCCCUGGUGCCCGUCACUGGCUGUUACUGACCAGUUCAGGCUCGGCCGCCAUCAGACUUUCCUCCUGACACCGUGUCCAGUUAACACAACGUGGCGUGCCAAAAGCGAGCACAACUGCCAUCCUCCAGAGCCAGCGUGAGGGGAUGAUUCCCAACCGCAGGGCCCCAGCAAACGGGCUUCUCCACGCCAGGGAGGCCACCGGGAAGGGGCAGUAGACGGGAGGGGCCCACAGGGCGAUGGAGCCGGACCCUCCAAGCCGCAAGCCUCGAAAGCGGGUCCAAAGAAGGCUUUGGGCUAAGCUGGUGCUCUGCCAGAGCAGAAGGGCACCCCUUAGGGGGAAUCCUUUCCGCCCAGCCAGCCAGGGCGCCCCUCGGCUGUCUGCCUGGCCCGGGGCUUCCGCGGGGCUGCCAUGGCCUGGGGACAGUGGAUUUCUGGAAACAGGUUUCCCACCUUCCCCCAGGAAGGGGAGCUCUGGUUAGGCUUGGAGGCUCCAUGACCAGAGCCACGCGGCCCAAUGUUCCAGCUCUCCCGUGUUUGCAGAGGGAGGCCGACUGCCACGUGUCUCCAAGGUCUGCCCGUCUGGGGGUUCCCGGGCAGCUGUAGGAGGGGCCAACCAGGCCAAGUGAAUGCUGGGUAGUGCUGGCUCUUGGAGAUAAUGACUGACUCCUCUGUCAGGAGGAGGGGGAGGUAGUGAGCAUUUAAAUGAUCCCCACUAAGGUCUGGCACUGUUCCAAGCACUUUACAAAGAUCUCACUCGAUUCUUACAGCCCUACAAGGUAGGUGCUAUUGUUAUCCCCAUUUUACAGUUGAGGAAAUUGAGGCAAACUGACCAAAGUCACACAGCCAGUAAUGUGUCUGAGGCUGGAUUUGAAUUCAGGUCUUCCUGACUCCAGGACAAUGCGCUCUAUCCACUGCACCACCCAAUUACCUCUGCAUCUUAUUGAUGACGGGAGCAUAACCUCAGAGCUAGAAGGACCCAUGAGUCAUCAUGUUCAAUCUAUGCAUUUUACUGAUGGGAAAUUAAAGCCAACACAGGUUCAAUGACUUGCACAGGGUCUCAUAGAUAUUGCCAGAGAUAGGACUUGAGCCUGGGUCAUUGGACCCCAAAGCCAGUGCUCAAUUCAUGGAAGGACCCUCUUCCCUUGUGUCCCUGAGUCCAAACCGCUCAUCUUCCAGAAGAGGAGAAAUAAGUGACCUACCCAAGGCCGUGCAGACUAAAGAGCUGAAUCCAGCUUUAAAGUGGGUUUUUCACCUUGGACAGCGCUUUGGGGGCCCUCCUGUAUCUCUACAAUCCUGAAUUCCUCCAGGGAUCCUUUUAGCCAAAGAUGGGGAGGGCCUUUCCUGGAGCUCUUCAUUUCCGGGAUGCCCUUCUCCUUGCGGAAUGGAAUCUCCCCGAGGCUAGUUGUACAUCCCCUGCCUCGAAAAGGACUUUGCCCGAAGCAGGCACACUAAACAGGGCAUCAAAACACCAAAGCCAGCGCUCUGGGGGUGACCCAGACUCGGUAGUACCAAAAUGCUGGGAAGUGAAUGAAAUCCCAGAAGAAAAGGAGGAUGACAAAGGUGAUUCCUUCACGCUCAAGAAGGGAAGCCGGUGGAGCACGGUCGUCGGACAUCAGAGGCUGCUUCCUUGGAUUCCUUCUUUGAUGAUCGUGGCUCCCAUCGGCGUGGGCACUCGCCACGUCUGUGAAGAUCACCACCUCCAUGGCUACAUGUGUUCAUUCGAUCUCAUGAAACACGCAUUGAUCCUGUUGCCAACCUGUCACCAGCUUCUCCGACGCCAGUUUGCCCCCCUUCCGAUGACAAGCCCAAAUGGGAGGGCUUUCCGGGUGGCCAGGGUGUUCUACUUCCUCAAAUCUGGGACUCGGGUCCCCUCUCCCAUCCCAUCUUUUUCCGGAUCCCAUUGGCGUGUUCAUUGCGGUCGUAGCCUUCAAGAAGCCAGCCUCGCCUCCAUGCCACGAGGCGGCCUGGAAGCAGAACUCUCCGAGUGCAGGAAAACAAGCCCCAAGUCUUGUACUGGAACAAACAUUCUUUUCCUUUGCACCUCACGGUGAAGCUAAGGACGGUCGCCGUGAGACCGAGCUGUUCACUAGCCCUCGUCUGCCAGCUCUCCUUCCUGGAGUCACGUGGAAAACGGACACUUUCUCUGCUGCGUGUUCAUCGCGGCUCCCGAAGGGGCCGCUGCACUGCUGAAUACCCAAUGAUUCCCCUUCUUGCUGCCGUUUCCAGAAGCCCAAAGCCAAGUUAAAUCAUUUAGCCAUACGUGUCAGUGUGCUCCAUGGGAAAUGUUCAUGUCUUUGACUGGUGGUGACAUGGAGCAAGUUUUCACAUGGUCACCCAAAGUUUGUGUCCUUGUUUAUACAUACGUGUGUAUGCGUGUAAACAUGUGUAAGUACCCGUUACAUACAUGCAUCUAUAACCUUGGAACACGUGUAAGGGGAAGCUGCUCUUGGUUUUGUGUAUUUCAGUCUGUCUCCUAUAUAACUUCAGAACACGUCCUUCAUCGUUCCCUCCCGGAGCCAAUGAGCCCCACUUACCAGAUCCUCCUCUUGUUCGAUCUGCAUUGAUUCUGUUCAUGGCCAAACCUAAUUGGCAGGACUGGUGGUGAAGCUCUGCUUCUAGCAACCACAGCGAGCUCUAGGACACGGCAGUACUUCUCAGCGGGUGCCCUUCCUGGUCUUCCGGAGCUCUUCCUCCUCCUCCAACUCUGCUCUCACUCCUCACCUUCUCUCAGCUCUUUGGCCCGUUUCCUGAGGGGCUCUCCAAGGCCUUCUUUCACGAUCAUUUCGCCUUCAAAGGCCCCUUUGCCUGCCACAGGAAAUGCCACUCCACCUUUGGGAAAGUGUGGCAGGCUGCCAAAUCCAUUUCCUUUACUUCCCCAUUGACAGAGAGGAGUGCGAACUUUAAAAACCAGGAAAAGGAGGUGAACAAAAGGGGGCGUCUUCAAGGGCGUCAACGUAACAGACUCCAGUCUGUCCAUGACUCCAGGAGAAUGGAUCGGAGAGCCCAAAGGAGCCUUGUAUAGCCUACAGGACAGCCUCACUUUCCACACGGAGCCAUGAAGACCCCACACCGGAGAUGUACGUGUGCUUUUCUUAGUCAAGUCACCGAGCAGUGCUGUUCCCUUCUGCAGAGCACAAGUCAAGGGGCUCUGAGGCUGGAGCUGAACCCUGAUCUCUUGCGCUCUAUCCACUGAGCCACCUCAGUGAGUGAGUCCCGCGUCUGCCGCAGAUGACCUGGGCGAUGGGGACUGCCUCCAGCCCACAGGGCUCCAGUUUAGUUUGGAAAGCUCACAGCGUUUCAUGAGGCUUCGAGGGUUCGGUGAAUUGUCCAGAGUCACAUCCAGGAGUGUUAGUUAGUUAGCUUCCUGACUUGGACCACUUAAAGGACUGCCUUUGGGGACUGGCUCGCCUCCCCGAAGUUAUUCAUCACCAGGAGUUUCCACACACAUCAGAGAGUGAACCUUGUCACAAGACCGGACCUAUCCCAGGGUAAAUGAACCCAAUGGCGACACUCCUCUGCCCGCACAGGGAUCCAAAGUCCCAAUACUGCCCACCCCGGGAAGGUUCCUGGGAACUCACCAGCACCGAGGAAGUGCGUGUGCGGUCAGGGGGGGUCGACUUCCAUGGGCGAAGCUCUACUUGCACGUAUAUGGAAACUGUUGUUUGGCCAAGAAGUCUGUGGGUGAUGAAUGCCAUAGAUAAUGGAGCUCUUCUCCCCCAGUGCUUCCUGGGAGGCUGCCUUUGGGCACUGCCCCUUGCCUGCCAGCUGUCUGCACAUAUGCUCCUGUUUUUCUAGGAUUGUUUGUUCUCCUCUAGCUUUGAAAGGAAAUGACCCAAGAGAUUUCCAUUUGGGUUGGUGGCAUUCCUCCCACAGUAAUUUAUGCGUAAUGGAUGUCACCAUAGAUUUAGAGGCCAUUUAUUUUGUCCACCUUUUCCUAUUUAUAUUAGAUUAAAUAAAUUCUUCAUACUCAAGUUUGCUCUGAUUUUCGGCUUUUGAGGGUGUCUCUUGUUUUCUAUGCAUUUAUAAUACUUUGAUGUGUUCUCUGUAUUUUCAAAGUGAUGACUUGGAUACGUUCCGUUUUCAGCAAUAAAUACCAUUUUCUAAUC